AUAUUGGAAUAAUAUAAUAUUAAUACAAGAAACAUUAUUAUAAUACAUUAAAUAUAUAACAACUAUUUAAGUUUUAUUGUACAUAGUUUAUUAUUAAACGUAAACAACUUGUUUUUCAAAAUACGUGCUAUUUUAAGAAGUUUCUGUUGUGUACAAUAACAUUCAGGCAAAGAAAGUCAAAACACAAAAUUUAUUUAUAGAAAUUUUACCUUAUCCAAUACCUAAAAUUAAAAAUAGAAGACCUAGAUACUUCGAGAAACUUUUCGAAGUUUUCAUGGAACGUGUAUAAAUACCCACUGUUUAAGCUCUGUGCCAGAUAUUUACUAAUUAUUGGUAGAGUGAAUACUCGACUGAGUACAAACCUAACUUACUUUUACAAAAGUGUAGCUUUAAACUUAAGUAGCUAUAUAUUUAUUGAUUAAAAGAAUAUGGAUAUCAUGGAGUGUGAAAAAUAUAAAGAGCAAGGCAAUGCAGCAUUUAAAGAAGAAAAGUGGGACGAUGCCUUGCAGCUCUAUACAAAAGCCAUCAACAGUGUUAAAGGUGAGCCAAAAGAGCUGGCUAUUUAUUAUAAAAAUAGGGCUGCAGCAUAUUUAAAGAAAGGAGAGUAUGAAAAGGCUGUAAAUGACUGUGAUAAAAGUUUAAACUUGUGCCCGAAUGAUCCAAAAGCUUUGUUUAGAAGAUGCCAAGCACUUGAAUCACUACAGAGGUAUGAAGAAGCCUACAGAGAUGCCACUCAAAUCUUUAAAGACGAUCCAACAAACAAACCUAUUCAACCAUACCUACAACGACUUCAUCGAAUUGUCGAGGAGCGAGCGCAAAUGAAUGCCCAAACCAGCAAAAAACUCGAAAGCAUGCUCAAAAUAGUCUUCGAUCCAACGAACGAUAAAGAGAAACGUGAAACGGCUAUGCGAAAUCUUCUUGUUUUGGCCAGAGAAAACGCUGGAAGCGAAUAUAUGGUUAAAAAGAGCCCUAUUGUUCAGAAGAUUAAAAAUCUUUUAAAAAUAGAAAAGAAUCCGGAGCUUUAUGUAACUGGGAUAAGAAUAAUUGGAGAACUUUGUAAACACUCAGAAGAACUUACAAAUAUUGUCUUAAAAGAUGUUGGUAUACCUUGGUUUUUAGAGAUUAUUGAUUCCAAAAAUGAAGAAGUUGUUAGUGCGGCUCAGUAUUGUUUGCAGAGUAUAUUAAACUCAUUGUCUGGCAUGGAAAAUAAACAAGACAGCAAACCAAAAAAAGAUCUUGUGGACAGGAAUCAAAGUACAAUUAGUAGUUUGCUAACUUUCCUAACUGUCACAAUUAACCAUCGGGCCAUAUCGGGCUUAGCCAGGGACGCAAUUAUUGAAUUAUUGACCAGAAACAUCCACUACACCACUCUGAACUGGGCUGAACAACUUGUGGAAAAAGAUGGUGUAAGGAAAUUACUGGAUUGUGCAAGUGAAUUACAAGAGUACCAUUAUGAGAGUGCAAUGAAUAUAACACCAUCUACAAGGACCAUUGCUGCAGUAUGCUUAGCAAGAGUAUAUGAAAACAUGUACUACGACAAAGCGAAAGAAAACUUCCUGAAUAAAGUUAAUGAAUUUAUUAAGGAAAAAUUAUUGACGCCCGACGUUGAAAGUAAAGUAAGGGUGACGGUGGCCAUUACAGAGCUAUUACGUGGCCCUUUGGAUCUCGGCAACAGCAUUAUAGGCAAAGAGGGUAUUUUGGAGAUGAUCCUUGUAAUGGCCAAUAGUGAUGAUGAGCUUCAACAAAGGGUAUCGUGUGAAUGUCUUAUAGCGGCCGCCAGUAAAGCUGACAAAGCAAAGACGAUAGUUUCACAAGGUGCUGAAAUUUUGAAAAAGUUAUACAAAUCGAAAAAUGACCACAUCAGAAUCAGAGCGUUAGUUGGCCUAUGUAAACUAGGUAGCUAUGGAGGUAGCGACGCGGCAGUAAAACCAUUUGCGGACGGUUCAACCCUUAAACUGGCGGAGGCGUGCCGUAGAUUCCUUUUACACCCCGGAAAAGACGGUGAUAUUCGAAAAUGGGCGGCUGAAGGCUUGUCAUACCUGACCCUCGAUGCGGAAGUGAAAGAAAAACUAGUAGAAGAUAAAGCCGCUCUCAAGGCACUUAUUGAACUGGCUAAAUCUGGAGACCAAAGCGUCGUAUUUGGUGUAGUGACAACUUUGGUAAACUUGUGUAACGCAUAUGAAAAACAAGAAGUAAUUCCUGAGAUGGUUGAGUUGGCCAAGUUUGCGAAACAGCAUAUUCCCGAAGAACAUGAACUGGAUGACCCGGAUUUCGUGACCAAGAGGAUCUUGGCACUGGGACAUGAAAAUGUCACUACCGCUUUGGUGGUACUGUCUAAGACUGAAAGUCCCAACUCUAGAGAACUGAUCGCGAGAGUUUUUAACGCGUUGGCCAGUGAACACGAACUUAGGGGUGUGAUUGUACAACAGGGCGGAGUUAAAGUUUUGAUAAAGUUAAGCCUGGAAGGUACCGAUAAGGGUAAACGCCAAGCAGCUCAAGCAUUAGCCCGCAUAGGAAUAACUAUGAAUCCCGAAGUUGCUUUCCCCGGCCAAAGAGCAUUAGAAGUAAUAAGACCCUUACUAUCCUUACUGCAUAUGGAUUGCACCGGUAUGGAAAACUUUGAAGCUCUUAUGGCUUUGUGUAACAUCGCCCAGAUGAAUGAAGCGGCCAGACAAAGGAUAAUAAAAGAAGGAGGCGUUCCUAAAAUAGAGCACUACAUGUAUGAAGAUCACGAGUAUAUUUGCAGGGCGGCCGUCCAGUGCAUGUGUAACUUAGUCCAGAGCGAAGAUGUUAUUAAAGUUUUCUUCGAGUCUGAGAAUGACAGAAUGAAGUUUAUGGUGUCAUGUUGCCUGGAUCCGGAUCAGGAUACCGCGAUGGCCGCUAGUGGUGCUCUGGCCAUUUUGACCGGUAGCAGUGAAAUCUGCUGCAAAAAAGUUUUCGAUUCGAAAAAUUGGCUUGAAGCUAUUCAGUGCCUUUUGGCGAAUAAGUCUCCAAGUAUGCAAUAUAGGGGAGUGUGCAUUAUAUCUAAUAUUAUUAAUGUUAAUAAAGAGUUAGCAGAAAAACUUAUGGAAAGCAAUAUACUUGAGAUUCUUAUGGCUUUAAAACUUCUGCCCGACGAAGAUGGAAGUAGGAAAAAAAUUAAUUCAGUUAUUGAUGAAAUAUUAAAAGUUUGUGAAAAGUAUGGCAUUAUUAAGAAGCCCGAGGAAGAAUAGGAAAGCAAUAAUAAAUAUGUUAUUUCAUUUGUAACUUAUUUUUUUAUAUUUUGUUUAUUUUAGAAGAUAUUUGUUAAAGUAUUUAUUAAAGUAUUUUUCGAGUUGUUAGUAUUAAACAUAAUAAUUUAUUAUUAGAAUCUUUUAUCUACGAUUGAAAUUAUUAACUUGCAAAAGUUAGUAAGGGCCUUUGUUGGGUGGAGAAGUAGAAAGCGACUUAUUUAGGAUCUUGCAUUUGUAAUAUUUUUGACAUUUUUUCCUAAAAGCCUUUAUAUUUAAAUUAUUAUACUUAUAUUAUUUUAUUAAAUAUUGUUAUAAAUAUACAAACAUUUUUAGAUUAAAUAAUUUACCUUAAAAACUC